AUGACUUAUUCUGAGUUUGUGACCUUCUGCGAACGUUUCAUGCAUGAAGAGUGUAAAAAGUUAUACUACUGUGAACCAGGCAAUUCCCUGAUGGAAGGGCUUAAUCCCAUUUUAGAUGAUGUGGAAUAUGUUGCUUUUAUUUUUGAUGCUUAUGGAACAGAUGGUGUAAUUUUGGUUUAUGUGGAUCAUAUUGGGGUUGGUGUUGAUGGGUGGCUUGAUGAUGAAGAUAAUGAUGAUGAUGAUGAACAUGAGUCUUGUAUUGAUGGUGAAAAUGAAGAUAACAUAGAUGAACUUAGGAAUGUUGCCUUUGAAAUUAAUGAGGAUGUAGUGCAUAUGAAUAAAACAUCAAAUGAUCCUUUCUUGAGAACUGGUUUCAGUUCAAAGAAGCUACAUUUCUGCCUGUUCUUCAUCUUUCCAUUCAAAGAAGCUACAUUUCUUCAACCUAGUCUAUAA